AUGGCGUCUUCUUCUAGAGCGAGAAGCAGCUCCCCGUUCUCUUAUAGGAAACCUUCAAGUCCGUUCUCUUCUGCUUCUUCAACAACUUCUUCUUAUAAUAACAGGCUAAUGCCUCGCUCUUGCUCGACUUCUGCUUCUUCAUUUUUCGGUUCGCGGUCCGUGACGCCAAGUCGAGCUCGGUCUGAUUCAAUGCAAUACAGCGGUCCACGUGGAGGCGGUGGUUAUGGCGGUAGUCGGACUCCGGUCGGGUUCGGGUCGGAGGAGUUGAUGGCUGAACCGAUUGAUCAGCCGAGGACUGGUGGUGAUAGUAUUUCGGUUACUAUUCGGUUUAGACCGUUGAGGGUUCAGUUGUCUGAUUGGGAUGUGUUUGGAUACAGUGAAAGGGAGUUCCAGAGAGGGGAUGAGAUAGCAUGGUAUGCGGAUGGGGAUAAGAUUGUUAGGAAUGAGUAUAAUCCAGCUACUGCUUAUGCGUUUGAUAAGGUGUUUGGACCACACACGGUAUCUCAAGAUGUGUAUGAGGUUGCAGCAAAACCUGUAGUCAAGGCUGCGAUGGAAGGUGUUAAUGGAACUGUUUUUGCGUAUGGUGUUACUAGUAGUGGAAAGACGCAUACUAUGCAUGGAGACCAAAAUUCUCCUGGUAUUAUACCACUGGCCAUAAAGGAUGUUUUCAGUAUGAUCCAAGAGACUCCAGGAAGAGAGUUCCUACUGCGCGUGUCCUAUCUUGAAAUUUACAAUGAGGUGAUAAAUGACUUGCUUGAUCCAACAGGUCAAAAUUUGCGUGUUAGAGAAGAUGUACAGGGCACUUAUGUAGAGGGUAUAAAGGAAGAAGUGGUUUUGUCUCCUGGGCAUGCUCUUUCUUUCAUUGCUGCCGGAGAAGCUGGAUCCGAGAGUUCAAAAACUGAAACAACUGGAAUAAGGAGAAAGGAAGGAUCUUACAUAAACAAAAGCCUUCUAACUCUUGGAACUGUGAUUGGAAAACUGAGUGAAGGAAGGGCAUCUCAUGUUCCAUAUCGAGAUUCCAAACUUACUCGCCUUUUGCAGUCUUCAUUGAGUGGGCAUGGGCAUGUUUCGCUUAUCUGUACUGUUACUCCUGCAUCAAGUAACAUGGAAGAAACUCAUAAUACAUUGAAGUUUGCUAGCAGGGCAAAGCGGGUUGAAAUCUAUGCCUCGCGCAAUAAGAUUAUUGAUGAGAAAUCUUUAAUCAAGAAGUAUCAAAGAGAAAUCUCAACACUCAAGCAGGAACUUGAUCAGUUAAGGCAGGGGAUGCUUGUUGGUGUCAGCCAUGAGGAGAUUCUGACCUUAAGGCAAAAGUUGGAGGAAGGUCAAGUGAAGAUGCAGUCAAGAUUGGAGGAGGAAGAAGAAGCCAAGGCUGCCCUCAUGAGUAGGAUCCAGAGGCUAACCAAACUCAUACUUGUCUCUACAAAGAAUACGAUUCCUGGAUUGACUGAUGUUCCAGGUCAUCAGCGGAGCCAUUCUGUUGGUGAGGAUGAUAAAUUGGAUGUUCUGCGGGAAGGUGCUUCACUUGCAGAAAAUGAAAAUCAGGACUCUCCAUCUUCUGUUUCUUUGAUUGCAUCAGAUCAAACUUAUGAAUUUAAACAUAGAAGAUCUUCCAGCAAGUGGAAUGAAGAACUCUCACCAGCUAGCAGUACUUUUACUGAAUCGACUCAAGCAGGCGAACUUAUGAGUGCUUCAAAAUUGGCACCAGGCGGGAUGACCCAAGAUCAGAUGGACCUUCUUGUGGAGCAGGUUAAAAUGCUUGCUGGAGAGAUUGCAUUCAGCACUAGUACCCUGAAGCGCCUCGUGGAGCAGUCUGUAAAUGAUCCUGAUAGCUCAAAAACUCAAAUCCAGAACUUGGAACGUGAGAUCCUGGAAAAGAAGAGGCAAUUGAGAGUCUUAGAACAACGCAUUAUUGAGAGUGGUGAGGCUUCGAUUGCUAAUGCCUCAUUGGUUGAUAUGCAGCAGACAGUUAUGAGAUUGAUGACCCAAUGCAAUGAGAAGGCUUUUGAGCUGGAGUGGUCCGAGAACAAAGAAUUGCAAGAAAAGAUGACUCUUCUGGAGCAGCGGUUGUCUUCACUCUCCGGUGACAAAGCAUCGCUAAACUUUGAAUACAAUGCAUCUGAAGAAUAUGUUGAUGAGUUGAAAAAGAAAGUUCAGUCCCAGGAGGUUGAGAAUGAAAAGCUAAAGAUAGAACAGGUCCAGCUUUCUGAGGAGAAUAGUGGAUUACGGGUGCAAAAUCAGAAAUUGUCUGAAGAAGCUUCUUAUGCAAAGGAACUGGCCUCUGCUGCCGCAGUUGAGCUGAAAAAUUUAGCUGGUGAAGUGACCAAGCUCUCGUUACAGAAUGCAAAAUUGGAACAAGAAUUGGUGGCUGCACGAGAAUCUGUGCAUUCUAGAGGUGCUGGCAUGCAAUCAGUUAAUGGAGUUAACCGCAAGUACAAUGAUGGCAUAAGACCAGGGAGAAAGGGGCGGUUCUCUGGCAGAGGAAAUGAGAUAUCAGGAAGUCAUUCUGGUGACUUUGAGUCGUGGAAUCUGGAUCCAGAUGAUUUGAAACUGGAACUGCAGGCAAGAAAACAACGCGAAGCAGCACUUGAGGCAGCUUUGGCUGAAAAGGAAUUUAUAGAAGAUGAAUACAGGAAAAGGUGUGAAGAGGCAAAGAAAAGGGAGGAGGCUCUGGAAAAUGACUUAGCAAACAUGUGGGUGCUUGUUGCGAAGUUAAAGAAAGAGGGGAGUGUUAUCCCUGGGAUGAAUGCUGAUGAAAGGCAAAGUGAUGGUAUGGAUCAUACUAGUGAUCCCAAAGCCAAUGGAGUCGAAGUUGAUCAUAAUAGCAUCCUAAAAGAGAGACAAGAUUUGGAUGCAUCACAAGAAGUUGAUGAAACUCCUAAGGAACAGCCCCUUGUUGUUCGGUUAAAGGCGCGAAUGCAAGAGAUGAAGGAAAAAGAGCUCAAAUACUUGGGAAAUGGAGAUGCCAAUUCCCAUGUGUGCAAAUAUGUAAAUCUUGUUCGCUUGCUUGUUCUGAGUGUCCAAUUUGUCGCACAAAGAUUGCAGAUAGGCUUUUUGCAUUUACUUGACACUGCGGCGUGGACCCUCCAAAUGAAGGUUGCUAGGAAUUUUUCUAUGCCUUGGAUUCCCGUUGUCAAACUCGAUCAGUUUUACCUUGGUCAUGCUUCCUCCAAGUUCGCAGAGCCUUCUAGACUAAAAGCUUGA